GAGCAAGCUUCAGAGAAGGACGAAGAAAAAAUUCUUGAGUUCCUCUUUGCCCAAUUUGGUUUAAGCGAGCCGAUUUCGAAGUCGAUAAAAUUAACGAAAGGUGAUGCGAUCGAACUAUUUUGUGACAAUGCCAAACAAGGAUCGAACAAGUAUUCAACCCUUGCCUACGAUGGCGAUCGCCUGGUAGGGUUGUGCCUAUGCUCGCUGAAAGAUUCCGACACCGAGGACACCUUAGUACCAGCAGAAGUGGAUUUUGAAAAUCAUGAUUGCGCAGAAGACAUCAAAAAAGGUCCAUAUAAGGAACACAAAGCGAACGAGAUUGUUACCCUUGUGCAUGCGCUGGAGGAUAGCCUAAAACGAUUGAUCGGAAAGCACAAAAAAGUGUUAAAAAUCGAUAUACUUUCGAAGGGAUUGGGUAAAGCUCUUACACGAAGAGCGGUGGAAAUAGCUUUGACGGAAAGAUGUGACUGGGUUGUUACAACUGCAACUUCUUCCGCAUCUCAACGAAUUUUUGCGAAGGCGGGUCUCCGAGUGAUUUAUGAGAUUCCUUAUGAGCAUUUCCGCGAAAAUGGCAACCCGGUGUUUCAAAAUCUUUACGACGGUUGUUCGGCAGGAAGAGCGAUGGCUGUCAAUUUAUUCGUCUGCAACAUUAUGCAGAUAAGUCUGAAUACAGAUGACAUCUAUCAGCAUGACGGCACAGCGAAUGCUAUAGAGUUUGCUAGAAAAGUAGCAGCAGAUUAUGAUGCACGGGACAUCUUUGAGCCCUUCGCUAUCAUUGAUUUGGAUGUGGUAAAAAAGCAGCUAGACUUAUGGAAAUUUGCCUUGCCAUCUGUGAAGCCUUACUAUGCUGUUAAAUGUAAUCCUGACCUAAAUAUCUUGAAGACGUUAUCAGCAAAUGGAGCUUGCUUUGACUGCGCUAGUAUAACUGAAAUGCACCAGAUAUUAUCGAAUAACUUAGCCGCCAGCAAUGAGAUUAUUUUGGCUCACGCUAUCAAAUCUCGGCAGUGUAUACAGUAUGCCAUUAAGAAUGGUAUUACCAUG